GCUCAAUGAACACGCCGCUUAAAGUGCACUUCUGCUUUAUCUGUAAAGCGAGGUGUGGUUAAUUGGAACGGAUGAGUGUUCAGUUUGUAUUGUAGAGAAGAUAUUUUUCUUUCGAAUAAAAGCAAAAACAGAAACGAAAAGGGCACAAUGCUUGGUCGUCUACCUGCAUGUGUAAUCGAUGUGGGUACAGGAUAUACAAAGCUAGGGUUUGCAGGCAAUAAGGAACCUCAGCUUAUAAUUCCUUCUGCAAUUGCUAUUAAAGAAACUGCAAAGGUUGGAGAUAAUAAUGCCAGAAGGGUUACUAAAGGAGUCGAAGAUUUGGAUGCUUAUAUUGGAGAUGAAGCUUUUGAAGCUACUGGUUAUUCUGUGAAAUAUCCAGUUAGACAUGGAUUAGUGGAAGACUGGGAUUUAAUGGAAAAAUUCCUACAGCAAUGUAUUUUCAAAUAUCUUAGGGCAGAACCUGAAGAUCAUUACUUUUUACUCACAGAACCACCAUUAAAUACUCCAGAAAAUCGGGAAUAUACAGCAGAGAUAAUGUUUGAAUCAUUUAAUGUGCCAGGUCUUUAUAUUGCUGUUCAAGCAGUAUUAGCAUUAGCUGCCUCUUGGACAGCUAAAACAAUAGAGGAUAGGACAUUAACAGGUGUUGUUGUCGAUAGUGGAGAUGGCGUAACUCACGUAAUACCAGUGGCAGAAGGUUUUGUUAUAGGAAGUUGUAUAAAGCAUAUUCCUAUUGCCGGUCGUGAUAUUACAUAUUUCAUUCAAAGUUUGUUACGAGAACGUGAAAUCGGAAUUCCACCUGAACAAUCAUUAGAAACAGCUAAAGCAAUAAAAGAAAAAUAUUGCUAUAUAUGCCCCGAUAUUUCAAAAGAAUUUGCUAAAUACGAUAGUGACCCUACUAAAAUAAAAAAAUAUGAAGGUGUCAAUAGUAUUACAAAGCAACCAUUUGUAGUAGAUGUUGGAUAUGAAAGGUUUCUUGGACCAGAGAUAUUCUUUCAUCCUGAGUUCUCUAAUCCAGAUUUCACGACACCACUAAGCGAAAUCGUAGAUGAUGUAAUUCAAAAUUGUCCAAUAGACGUUAGAAGACCAUUAUAUAGUAAUAUUGUAUUAUCGGGUGGUUCUACGAUGUUCAAGGACUUUGGCAGACGAUUACAACGUGAUAUAAAACGAAUUGUCGAUGCACGUCUCAAACUUAGCGAAACAUUAAGUGGAAGUCUAAUUACGCCAAAACCUAUAGAUGUUCAUGUUAUAUCGCAUCACAAACAACGUUGGGCAGUAUGGUACGGAGGUGCGUUAUUAGCUAGCGAUCCAGAAUUUUAUACAGUUUGUCAUACCAAAAAAGCUUAUCAAGAAUAUGGACCUGGAAUUUGUCGUUAUAAUCCCGUAUUCCAUAGUAUGGUAUAAAAUAAAUAAGAAUGCAAGUGGAAUUAAAAGGAAUUACAUUAUUAUGGACCAAUGGUCCCUCUGAACGCUAAAUGAUGUAUCAACAAUUUAAUGAAUUUCUAAUUUUUUAUCUUAAAUGAUGAUGUACUUGAUUAGAUGGAAUGGGUGUUUUUAUUACAUAAUUGCUAACUGAAAUAAUUACAGAGGAACGCCCAGUAUUGCACUAGUAAACGCACACAAAAGUUUUUAUGCUCAUUAAUUAUUACAAUAAUAUAUGACGAUAUUUAUAUGUAAUAAAGAUACAGGGAAAAUCUCUCAAAAAGAUGAAGGUAACACUGCAUUAGAAACAAUGACUAGGAAUAGUUAAUAAAAAUGAUAAUACAAAAUAAUUGUAUAGAUCUGUACAUAACAUAAGACAACUUGAAAAUAAUAAUUCUUUUUUAAUGAAUUACA